CAGACCAACAUCUACUGUAUUUCUGUGACUUAAACUUUAGGGCUUCGAUGGCGACCUUUGAUGACCUCCUGGAAGAGGUCGGCUCUUUCGGCCGCUGUCAGAAGCGGAUCUUCGCCAUGCUCUGUCUUCUGUCGUUGCAAUUUGCUGGCCUCUAUGUUGGGAUUGUCUUCCAGGGCUUCACUCCGGAUCACUGGUGCCGGGACUCAGUGUUGGAGGAGAGGAGGAAGGCCUGUGAAUGGAGCAUGGAGGAAAGUCGCAGGAUAACCAUGCCGAUGAUCAACAGCUCAGGACUUCUGCAGCACAGCAGCUGUCAUCAGUACGAGGUGGACUGGAACAGCACAGAACUUACCUGUGACUCAGAAGAACUGGAUCUGAGCAGGCUUUCUGUGGUAGAAUGCAAGGAGGGCUGGGAGUAUCAUUAUGAAGGCAGGAAGUCAUUUGUCACAGAGUUCAACCUGGUGUGUUCCAAUGGAUGGAUGGUGGAUAUGUACCAGUCAACUCUCAACGUGGGCUUCCUCGUAGGCAGCUUUGCUUUUGGUUACUUUGCUGACAGAUUUGGCAGAAUGAAGACUUUCCUGUUAACCAACGUGAUAAACGUAGCAGCAGGAUUUGCUAUGGCUGCGGUUCCAGAUGUCAUCUCCAUCCUGGUGCUCAGGGCUAUCCUCGGCUUCAGCUCCAAAGGAGGCUGGAUGGCCAUUUAUGUGCUGCUGACAGAAAUAGUGGGAGUAAAGUACAGACGCACAGUCGGGAUCUUGUAUCAGAUGUUCUUCAGUGUUGGGAUGCUCAUCCUCCCCCUCCUCGCCUAUUUCAUCACUGACUGGCGUUGGCUACAGGUUGCCAUCACUGCACCAUGUGCCCUUUAUAUUGCUUUCUACUGGUUCGUCCCAGAGUCACCAAGGUGGCUCAUCUCCACGAACAAUUCCUCAAAAGCUCUGGAAAUAACCAAAGCUAUCGCCAAGGAGAACGGGAAAAAACUCUCCUUAAACUUUGAGAUAUUAACUGAUGAUGAAGUGGAGUCCACUUCUACCUCUUUGUUGGACUUGAUCAGAACCCCCAAUAUGAGAAAACACACUUUCAUCCUCAUGUUUAACUGGUUCACCAGCGCUGUGGUUUAUCAGGGUCUCAUCAUGCGGGUCGGGAUAACAAAAGGAAACGUCUAUAUCGACUUCCUCAUCUGCGCCCUGGUUGAGUUUCCCGCCGCUUUCCUCAUCAUCUUUACGAUUGAGCGCAUCGGCCGUCGGCUUCCUUUUGCUUCCGCCAACAUCGUAGCUGGAGUCUCCUGCAUCAUCACUGCCUUCAUUCCUGACAGCAUGUUCUGGAUAAAGACCACAGUGGCCAGUAUUGGUCGGCUUGGGAUUACUAUGGCCUUUGAGAUGGUGGUGUUUGUUAACACUGAGCUCUACCCAACAUCUCUCAGGAACCUGGGGGUGUCAGUUUGUUCCACUCUUUGUGACGUUGGAGGAAUUGUUUCGCCUUUCUUGCUCUACAGACUGGCCAGCAUCUGGCUCGAACUACCACUCAUAAUCUUUGGAGUUGUUGCUCUCAUAGCUGGAGGUUUGGUUCUACUUCUGCCUGAAACCAAAGGAGUAGCUCUCCCUGAUACCAUUGAGGAUGUCGAGUUUCCUGAACGGAAAAAGGGAACUCCAGAAAAUCAAGAAAUGAAGCAAGUCUUGAAAAGCAAUGAAGCAGCAUAAAAUUGUAACAAAUCUGUUGUAUGUUUACGCCGUGUUUUACAUACCACAACUAUGUUUUUGUUUUUUACUCAAAACUAAUCUCUUCUUUUUAUUUAAGCAUUAUCAUGAGAAAAUAUUUCAUAUUAAAGUGUGGAGGUUUGAAGCUUAAACUAAUAUAUGUUAUUGAUAAGAUUGUAUAUAUACAUACUUUACUGUAUGAAAGUAUUUGGAAACUUACAGAUUGCUUUUGUAAAAGAAACAAAAGUAGGAAUAAAAAGAGUAGGUGAUUUCAAGUGCUGACAUCCUUGUUGAUGUAAAAAUGGUUCUUUAUAUCAGCCCUUACCUGUCAGAAAAAGUAAUCUGCCUACUUCAUCUACUCCUCUUUGAAAACAUUAAGUAACCUUUGCAAACCACCUUUUUGUCAGAAGAAUUAAGUUUCAGAAGUCACAUCCACGCUUGAUUACUGUCUGGCCUUCGGAAACAACACAUCACUAAAAUAAAAACCUGUCUGAUAACAUGAAAUAGGCUAAACAACAAGUUUUGGCCAGACUCAAGGCAAUGCAACAAAAGGUGAGAAACAAAGUCACGACUAUUUGUCUGGCAAGGGUUACAAAGCCACUUCUUAGGCCUUUACAUAACAGAAAUCCUGAAAAGAAUUAUCAAUAGAUGAAGAAAACAUUGAGUAAAACUACAGUAGUCACAAUAUAUUGGCUAAAAAGUGAAACUCUCUGGAAGAUGUGCUUCUGUAUGUUUAAUUGAACAAAAACUAAUAUUACAGAAAAAAUGUAGAAUAAAACAAAAUUUAGGUUGUAGAGUGGUCUAGUCAAAAUGCUGAGGAACAACCUUAUAAAGUACAUCCAUCUUCAGUGU